GGGGAGCUGCUGCCGGGGAGCUGCUGCCGGCGGCCCGUGCCCCGCCUCGCCCAUGGCGGAGCCGCGCGCCGCGAAGGGCUGCUCCUGCAGCAACACCGACUGCCUGGAGCGGCCCCUGCGGCGGCUCUUCCGAGGGCUGGGGCGCGGCGUGGCCACCUGCCCCUGGCCCUUCGUGCUGGUGCCGCUUCUGCUCUCGGGCGGGCUGGGCGCCGGCUUCGUGUUCCUGCCGCAGCGGCAGGCGAACGACAUCGAGGGACAGUUCACGCCGACGUCGGGGCCAGCCAAGGCCGAGCGCGACUUCGUGCGGCAGCACUUCGCCACCAACGACUCGGAGGGCUUCUCCGCCCCGCGGCUGCCCACCGAGGGCGCCUACGCCGCCCUCAUCGCCGUAGCGGCGGAAGGGGGCUCGAUCCUGGAGCCGGCGGCGCGGCGCGACGUGCUGCGGCUGGACCAGCUGGUCACCGCCCGCGGCUACGAGCAGCUCUGCGCCCGCAGCGACGGCGCCUGCACCAGCCCCAACCCGCUGCUGCCGCUGCUGAGCGGCGCGUCGGAGGCCGCCCUGGGGAACCUCACCUUCCCCGUCAGCCACGGCGUUUUCCUGGGGGCCGCGCUGGGCGGCGUGCAGACGGGCGCCGGCGGGCGGCUGCUGUCGGCGCGGGCCCUGAAGCUGAUGUACUACCUGCAGGAGGACGGCCCCGCGGCGGCGGAGAGCCAGCGGUGGCUGGAGAGCUUCCUGCGGGACGUCCCGUCGGAGCUGGCGGCGUUGGGCCUCACCGCCAUCCAGGUGACUUACUUUACCUCGCUGUCCAGACAAGAGGAGUUUGAAGGAAAUACCAAGAGCGUGAUCCCACUCUUCUCCAUAACUUAUUUCUUGACAAUAACCUUUUCAAUCGUCUCUUGCCUAAGACUGAGCUGUAUAAGAAAUAAUAUCUGGCUUGCAUGCUGUGGAGUGAUUUCAGCCGGUUUAGCUGUAUUAAGCGUCUUUGGAUUGAUGCUCUUCUGUGGAGUGCCGUUUGUGGUCACUGUAGCAAAUGCACCAUUUCUUAUUCUAGGAGUUGGUGUUGAUGACAUGUUCAUCAUGAUUGCUUCCUGGGAGCAAAGUUUAAGAAAGGGGAAAUCCGACGUUAAAUCUCUGCUGGCUGAGACUUAUGCAGAAGCAGCACUUUCGGUGACCAUCACCACUCUCACAGAUGUUUUGGCCUUCUACAUUGGCACCUGGACUGCUUUUCCAUCUGUGAGAUCAUUUUGCCUCUAUACAGGCACUGCUUUUGUCUUCUGCUAUAUAUAUACCAUGACCUUCUUUGGGGCAAUUAUUGUGUUAAAUCAUAAAAGGGAGCAAGGAAACCGACACUGGCUGACUUGUAUGCCUGUGGGAGUGGAUAAAGAUCAGGCUGGGGAGUCCUGCUUGUACAAUGCUUGCUGUAUAGGCAACUGUUCUAGGCAGUCAUCUCAGCUGGAAACUAAACAGCCAGAAAGUGAACAUCCAAUGAUCAUAUUCUUUAAAGAAUAUUAUGGUCCUUUUUUUACAAACAAAUGGGUCAAGCUACUUGUGGUGUUGCUGUAUGGAGCAUAUUUGGGGGGCAGUAUUUAUGGGUGUACUCAGAUCAGGGAAGGCAUUGAUCUUCGAAAUCUGGCAAGUGAUGACUCUUACAUUAUUCCAUACUAUGAUGACAAUGACAGAUACUUCUCAGCAUACGGACCUAGGGUCAUGGUUGUCAUUACUGAAAGUGUAGAUUACUGGAAUGAGACUGUUCGUCGUGGCAUUGAGAACUGCACACAGAAUUUAGAGGGAAUUUCCUAUGUAGAUAAGAACCUCUCAGAGUCAUGGCUGAGACUGUACACAACACUGGCUGGAAGUGGCUUAAUAAAUAUAAGCAAUAAGACUCUUUUUCUUAAUAACUUACGUAUACUGUUCAGCAUUGUUCCCAGUUUUAAGUGGGAUGUUAACGUGACUCAGGAUAAAAUAGAAGCUUCACGUUUCUUCAUCCAGACAGUGAAUGUGACCUCAGCCAUUGAUGAGAAAAAUCUUCUCAGUCAGUUACGAGAGACAGCCGAGCAGUGCAGUAUUCCAAUGAUGGUGUACCACCCAGCGUUCAUCUACUAUGAUCAGUACCUGGUAAUAGUGCAGAACACCAUUCAGAACAUUGUCGUUGCUGCUGGGGCAAUGCUUAUUGUCUCCCUCUUGCUUAUUCCCAACCCACUGUGUUGCUUGUGGGUGACUUUUGCUAUGGCUUCUGUUAUAGUUGGUGUUGCCGGUUUCAUGACGUUUUGGAAUGUCAAUCUAGAUUCCAUAUCCAUGAUCAACCUGGUCAUUUGUAUAGGGUUUUCCGUAGAUUUUUCUGCUCAUAUUUCCUAUGCCUUCGUUACAAGUGGGGAGUCAUCAGCCAACAAAAGGGCAAUCGAAGCUCUGUCCCUGCUAGGUUACCCAAUACUACAAGGUGCAGUUUCUACUAUAUUAGGAGUAGCUGUCCUGGCUGCGGCAAAAACCUACAUCUUUAGGACAUUUUUCAAGAUCAUGUUCCUUGUUAUUUUGUUUGGGGCUCUUCACAGUCUUGUGUUUAUUCCAGUGUUUUUAACCUUUUUUGGAAACUUUGGGAGAUCGCCCCACAAUACUAAAGCUCAAAAGCUAGAGCUUAGGUUUAGAAAUGAUAAAGAUUGUCCGUGACUAAGUUAAAUGUAAUAUAUUCUGCAUUUAUUGUAUGUAAAGUGCAGUGACUUUCAGGGGGUAUAAGAAAUGAAGAAAAUGAAGGACAGAAAAAUAAAUACAACAGGGAAGUAGUGGCUUCAGGAAGCCCAGGCAAGAAAAGUAACAGAAGAGAAAAGGUAAAUGGACAGAAUGAUUUGCAUUACCAUACUUCUGUGUGUGCUUGACUACAACAGCUUAAUGUUAAAUAUUUAUUUUUUGUGUGACUUUUUUACUUGAAUGGAUUAAAAUUAUUACAAAAUGUGCCAUCAGCUUAAUGGACUAUGUUACAGGUUUGUCAGACAAUGUGCACAGGAGGGAACAAUAACUCCCACUGGUUUGCAUUUCCUGCCUUUUACCUUGAUGCUGUAACUCAGCUCAGCACUGAGCCUGAAGACAGUUUCUCCCCAGGAGGCUUAAACCUGGAGGUUUUACAAGCAGGAUUAGAAGAGGUCAGAACUGCCUUGGACUGCAGUGGCUUAUAAGCCUUCAGGAGCCAAAGUCUGCUUAGGCUCCUCAUGCAGCACAAGAAACCCUUAGGGAAGACAAACUAACUCACGUUUUCUGUUUGAAAUUCUUCUUUUCCUGGCAUCCCGUUUCCUGUCUAAGGUUAAACAUCUUGUAGCUUCUGUUCAUUGCAGUUUGUGAAGGAAUGUGCUGUAGGUGAUUCAACUUGUGUCAACCUCCUGGGUAACCACCAUGGAAGACACUGUGCCAUGGCAUGACAGGGCAAGGACUCACUAGAGAGAAUCGCACCCUCACUGAGGACCAAACUGAAAAAGCAGCUCAGGGCAUCAGUCAUUAAAAUAUAAACCCAUAAAUUCUAUUAUGUUCAGCAGCCACAACCCAUCCUGUGAUGCGUUGAUAUUGCAGAGGAGCUUUCAGUAAGAGUGAAGAAUAUAUGAGGUGGUCUUUUAACCUGUAGGGACAAGACACUGGAUGAAAAUUCUUAAUUUGUCACCAAUUUAAUGAGCUAUGUGUUGGAAAUCAAAUGAAUGUUGGUAACUGAUGUUUGUAAUUUUGGAAAAACUGGUCUAUGAAUUAUUAAAUUGUUAAGUUCAAGUCUGCAGCUCUGGAAUGUUGCUUCUGAGAGAUGCAGCAAGUGUGACAAAGCCAGGGUCCGCCUCCGUUCCAUGUGGAUUUAUGACCAGUUGCAUGGGACCCAAUAGACAGGGCAGAAUCCUUCUGUUUGUUUCAUGAUGUCUCCGUUUAUGGGGACCAGGGACUGGAAAUGAAGUCACUCAGGCAUGAGUAAUCAACUUCCAGGAAAAACUGAAAGUACUGACGCUGAUUUCUAGAGCAGUGACUCACGGUCUACAGGUGUUAAAUUAAUUUCCAUUUGGAGUCACUAUGAAAGCUACAUAACAAAGCUCAAGAUAAAUCACUGACAGCCAAGAAGAAAUUGUGUGACCAGUUACUUAGUAUUGGCUGAAUGUGGAAUGCAACAAAAGCAUUUACCAAAGAACACUGGCAACUUUCAGUUCAUUAUUAACCAAGUUACGACAAAAAAUCAAACCCCAAAACUUGUCAAAAAAAAUUUGAUUCUGUGCACAUCCUCUCAAAUUGGGGGGGACAAAAAAACCAGUGUGCCAGAGACCUCAACGUGGGGUUUACCUGAAACUUUGCUAUGAAUAUAUGCAUACUACUUUAUGUUAGUUGCUCAGGUGCUACAGUGAUGGAUGAAAAUAAAACCUUUAGAAUGCUCUGAAGAGUAACAACUACAAUCCUUUUAUUAAGACGUGUCACAGAUCCCUUUGUAAAAGCAAAAUCAAAUCAAGCACAAAG